ACACUGUUACAGGAGCUUUCGUAAGUGGAACAGUUUUGCAGUUGUUAAAAAAAGCAAUUUUUGUUGCAAUUUUAUGGUCUACGAAAACUUAUUAAAACGGCAUUGGCCACAUUUUUCGUUUCAGUAACAAAAUUUUCAAAACACGAAAUAUAAGAAACUUGAAACCGGGAAAUGCGAAAUGUGCUAAUGCAAACAGCUCUUUUGUGAAGAAAGUUAAAAAAAAUCUCACUUUUGAUCGCAGGUGUUAUAUGUUUACUAGUGACAUAUCUGUGAACACCGUUUGGGAGUGCUUUGGAGGCUUGUAAUCGGUGUACGUGUGACAUGUACAUGCGAGAGUGUGAAAUUUAAAUGCCAUGGAUUUCCUAAAAAGCGGCUUAAAAUCUGUUCUUGGUGGGCCAAAUGAAGGGGCUCAGCCGUCAGGUGCCGAAACGGUUGAACGACUAGUGGAUCGAGUACAGUCUUCUACACUUCUCGAUGACAGAAGAGAUGCAUGUCGGGCCCUCAAGGCAUUAUCUCGAAAAUAUCGUGUUGAAGUUGGGGCACAAGGAAUGGAUGCACUUCGGCAAGUCUUGGAAAUGGAUCGAGCCGAUGCAGAAAUAGUUGGCUAUGCACUGGACACUUUAUGCAAUAUCACAUCAGGUGAAAACUUUGAAGAGGAAGAACAUAUAAACUUAAAUUCUGCUUUAGUGGCAACUAUUGGAGAACAGUUCACAGAAAUUUUUAUCAAACAGCCAGACAAUGUUGGCCUUGUUUUGGGAUUUCUGGAGGAAUAUGAUUUCCAUGUUCGAUGGCCAGCCGUCAAGCUGCUAACUAAUUUGCUCGCUAACAAGCCAAAGGAGAUCCAAGAAAUUAUUUUGGUUAGCCCUAUGGGUGUAUCCAGACUUAUGGACCUCUUGGGAGAUAGCCGUGAAGUCAUUAGGAAUGAUGCACUCUUACUUCUGAUACAGCUUACAAAAGGAAAUGCCAACAUCCAAAAAAUAGUUGCCUUCGAGAAUGCCUUUGACAGAUUGUUUGAUGUUAUAUCAAAAGAAGGGUACUCUGAUGGUGGUAUUGUUGUUGAAGAUUGUCUGCUAUUGAUGUUAAAUCUUCUGAGAAACAACACAUCAAAUCAGAAUUUUUUUAAAGAAGGAAGCUACAUACAAAGACUUGCACCCAUGUUUUAUUUACCUGCUGAAGGGGAUGAUACAGUAUGGAGUCCACAGAAAGUCAGCAACGUGCACUGUAUGUUGCAGGUUUUACGGACAUUGGUAACGCCUGGUAAUCCAGCUCAGGUCACCACUUCAUCUCAGAAGACUAUGAAGUCCUGUGGGCUGUUAGAAAACUUGUGCAAUAUUCUGAUGGCAAGUGGUGUUCCAGCAGAUAUUCUUACUGAAACAAUCAAUACAGUUGGGGAAGUCAUCAGGGGUAAUAUGAGUAACCAGGAAUAUUUUGCCAAUGUUCUGGCACCUUCAGCUCCUCCAAGGCCUGCAAUAGUUGUCCUCCUGAUGUCCAUGGUGAAUGAGAAACAACCAUUCAUACUUCGUUGUUCCGUGCUGUAUUGCUUCCAGUGCUUCCUAUUUAAAAAUGAAGUUGGUCAAGCACAACUGGUUCAAACUCUCCUCCCUUCUACAUCUGAGAUGAGCACCCUAACAACUGGUCAGCUACUUUGUGGAGGGAUGUUCAGUGCUGAUCCACUCUCAAACUGGUUCAGUGCUGUGGCUCUUGCUCAUGCAUUAGUUGAAAAUCCUGCACAAAAAGAGCAGCUUUUGAGGGUAAUGCUUGCAACUAGCAUCGGCAACCCUCCUGUGUCCUUACUAAACCAGUGCACUUCAUUGCUACAGCAGUGUGGCAAAGUGCAGUCGAAACUUGGAAUUUUGAUGUUGCUCAGUACAUGGCUAGCCCAUUGUUCUCUGGCAGUUAAACAGUUUGUGAGCAUUGCCACGAGUAUUCCCUACCUCACAGCACAGGUUGGAUCAAAUGAACAUGAUGAAAAUGAAGAACUGGUACAGGGGAUCUGUGCUUUCUUAAUGGGCAUAUGUGUAGUAUUCAAUGAUGACACUGUCAGCAGCUUUUCCAAGGAAAAUCUCUGCCAGCUGAUUGAGAAACGCAUUGGACUUGAAACAUUUCUUGAUAAGCUAAGUAGCGUCUCCAAACAUGAACUCUAUAGCAAAGCUGCAAAACAUCCACAGUUGCGUCCUAGGCAGCCUAGUGAUCUGCUUCUGGAUCAUGAAUUCUGUCGGCUUUUUAAAGCUUUGGAAGGUAUGGUUGUGAAAGCUGUAACACCGAAACCCAAAAAUGAUGUCGUCAAUGGUGUUUCUGGGCUGACUCUAUCAGAAUCUGAAAACAGUGUACUUCUCCAGUACAAGGAAGUAAUUAGAGAACAAGAUCGAAAGCUUAAAGAAUUAUUAGAGGAAAUACAGAAACUCAAAGAGGAAAAUAAUGCAUUACAGGUGCAGUAUGAUGAACUGCAAUCCAGCACGUCUGUGUUAAGGGAUGAAAAUAUGCUGUUGCGAGCACAGACAACCACUGGGACGGGAGAAGGUGCAGAUUUGGCUAGACGACUGGCGGAAGCUUGUAGCACUGCAGAAAGGUGGAAGGCAGAAAGCGACCGCAAGGAUUCAAUUAUUCAGACAUUGGAAGAGCAGCUCCAUCGAAGAACAGCAGAAACAGUCUCACAAAAUAUGCAUAUGAAUUCACAAGAUUCUAGAGUGCAGAAGUCAACUGUUGAGGAUGUUGAAACCGGGAAUAGUGAGAUUUCACAACUGCAGCAGCAACUUCUAGAAACACAAAAACAACUGUCUGCUGAAAAAGAUAAAGUAACUUUAAUGGAAGCUAUUGUAAGUGAAGCAGAUACAUUGAGGAAAGACCAAGAAGUUUUACUGGAACUUUUAGCAGAUCAAGAUACAAAGCUGAAUGAAUAUAAGGACAAACUAAGAGCUCUUGGAGAGAAGGUUGAUGAUGAUGAUGAUGAUGUAAGUUCACAAGAUGACGAAAUCGAUGAAGGUAUCAGCAGUGCAUCAGGAAAAAUUCCUUGAGCAGUCAUCCAUUCGACUUCAUUUUUAUCUGUUGUCUGCAAAAUAAGUUACACCAGCUGCACUGAUUUUGCUGGGAACUGUAAAAGUUCUGUUACUGUAUCAUAACAGAAAUUUUAAUAUGGUCAAGGAGAACAAUAAGAUUGUGUAAUCAUGGUACUGGCUUGAGCGAAAUCUCUGUAUAAUGUGUACAUAGUAGACUAGCUCUAUAUCAACUAUUGUAUGUUUUGUGUACAUGUGCUUCUUUUGUAAAUUUUUUGUUAAAAAAAGUCUGAGCUUAAUUUCAUGUAAGUAAUUUGUAUUGUAUUGCUCCAUUGCUUUGCAUUUUGAAUGGUGUUGCAAUUACUGAUCUCUUCAUAUUAAAUAAGUAGUUCUUCCAGUACCUUACAUUUACGAAUCAUAAGGGACAAAAGCAAUGCAUCACUGCAUCUGUAAUGCAACAUUUCAUCUCAGUUAUGUUAUUCCUAUGUGCAAUGACUAAAGCACUGGUAAUAAAUUGUGUGUGACACCAAUACAUUGUUAGUUUUGGUGCCUAAAUUGUAAUAACAUUAAUAGAAGUUACGCAACACAUCUGCACAAAAAUAAUGUGGAACAAUAAAAUUAUUGUAUAGCUUUUUA